AAUUAUUUGGGAAAAUAUGGAAUCGACACCUGCGUGGCAAGAAAGUCUUGAAGAUAUUAUUCCUGUUGAUCAGGAUAUGCAUGCUGAGGAAGAAACUAAGAAGAAGGGGAAAGUUGUCAAACCCGCUGGUGGAAAAAGAUAUAACAAGUUUAAUCUAAAAGAAACUAAUGAAGAAGGAUUCACCGGGCCACCUUCAUCUUGGUUUAAUGAUGAAGCAUUUAAGAAGGGUUUAGUUGCUGACUUUGCAAAGAAAGAAGGAGCUGACUACUAUUUUGAAUCUUACUCUAACUUCUAUAUUCAUGAAGAAAUGUUAAAGGAUAAAGUCAGAACAGAAAGCUAUAGGAGUGCUAUUGAGAAUAAUCCUGAAGCUUUCAAGGACAAGGUGGUGCUUGAUAUCGGUUGUGGUACUGGAGUUUUGAGCAUCUUCGCAGCCAGAGCAGGCGCUAAACAUGUCUAUGGAAUUGAUAAUGCAGAUAUAGUUCAUUAUGCUAGAGAGAUUGUCAAGCAAAAUGGAUUUGAGAAGCAAAUCACAAUCAUCCAAGGCAAAGUUGAAGAGAUUGAUCUUCCUGUUGAGAAAGUGGAUAUUAUCAUUUCUGAGUGGAUGGGAUACUUUUUACUCUACGAAUCAAUGCUUGAUACUGUCCUUUUUGCAAGAGAUAAAUGGCUUCAAUCUGGAGGAAUUAUUCUCCCUGAUAAAUGCACAAUGCAUGUUGCAGCAAUAGAAGAUAAAGACUAUAAGACUAAGAAGCUAAACUUUUGGAACAAUGUUUAUGGAAUAGAUAUGUCGUGCUUGACACCAGCAUCAUUUGUUGAACCAGUGAUAGACUCAAUGAGCUAUGAUCCUAUAAACACGACUGAAGAUACUUUCUUUGAAAUUGACCUUUACACAGUGAAAACUGAGGAUUUGGAGUUUUCAAAUACUUACAAUAUACAGAUGAUGAGAGAUGACACUAUCCAUGGCAUUGUAACCUGGUUUGACAUCUUCUUUGGAAACAUGAAACACGAUGUAAAAUUCAGUACAGGUCCAUAUGAACAAGUCACUCAUUGGAAACAAACAGUAUUUUACUUUAACGGAGAAUAUAAGCUAAAAGAGGGAGACAUCAUCAGUGGAUCAAUCGCUUGCAAAAAGUCUUCUGAAAAUUUCAGAGCAUGUGACAUAAAGAUCUCUUACCACAUCCGCCCUCAGUCAAAUAAAUUCGAAGACAUUGACUGCCAAGUUCUACAGUAUAAGUUAAGAUAAAGUAGAAAACCUUCAACACUG